GGCAGUCGUUUAAAUAUUUUUAGGUUAGUUGCACAUGGUUGCAGCAAGCACAGUGCGGCUUUGGUGUAUUUUGCAGUUUCACCCCUUGUGAAUGUGUGUGCACGUAAAACAAUUUUGUAGAGUGAGAUAAGCGUGUUGCGCUUCUUGAGAUCAUGGGUAAGGGUCACAGGCAUAUGAAGCACCUGAAAGCGGAGAAGGCGAAAGUAAAGUUAAAAGCCAAGAAAUCCGCCAAUAAGCUACCCAAGGGCUUAAACGUCACGGACACGUCGUUCAAGGUAAAGAAGAUUUUGAUACGCGAACAGCUGCAGCAACGAGAUGAGACAGAAGUUCUCAGCAUUCGUAAACUUAAUAUUAAGGAUUUGUUGGCGCGUUUGCAGCAUCACAAUUCUACAGUAAGGGAAGAAGCAUUGAAACAGUUGAAAGAGAUCCUGUUACGAUACCCCCCAAGGGACCUGCAUGCGCACUUGAAUCCUUUGUUGCGCGGAGUCGCAGCGUUGUCCCUCGACAAAGAGAAGGACGUGCGGAGGGAUUCCCUGAACGCCUUGAGUUUAAUUCUUCGUCCCAUUUCGAAGGAGCGGCUGACCCCCUACUGUGAUAUCUUGAUCUCUUACUUGAGCUGCGCCAUGACGCACAUCAAUCCGAACGUAAAGGAGGAUUCCCUGCUUCUUCUGGAUGUGCUCGCGCAGAAUUGUGGAAGUGCGCUGGCGAAGAACAGUCAUAAGAUAUUGCCCAAUUUUCUGGGCAUGAUAUGCAGAUUGCACAGUGACAUCAAACCCGGCAGGCAACUGACGACGACCCUAAACUCGAAAAAUACCAGCGCAAAGUGGAGGAUCAAGGUCCUGGAGCGUCUGGCUAAUAUUUUCACCUCCCUCGUGUACCACGAGAAGCAUCGUAGAAGCACGGGCUCGAACGCGCUCCAGAAGACGGGAGCGGUGAAGGGGUACGCGAGAUACGUUCCCGUUUAUGGCAGUAGGUCGACCCAAGUGGGCGAGGUCGACUUCGACAAGGAUCCAAGCUCCAUGGCGAGUUGCGCGGAAGGAAUUCUGCCCAUGGGAGAAUUCGCCAAACACGUGGACCUACUGAUGCCGCUGAUCUCUGAUAUCUGGCUCGAAGUGUGCCCGGACGGGAGGACGGAGAGCAAUACGGAGACGACGAUCUCUAGCGAGGCGGCCACGCUGUUAACAAGCAUCGUUGAAAUCGUACUGUCGAUUACCGAGUACGUCGAUAUGCUGGAACACGAUCACGACGCCGAGCGUACGAGGCACUGGUUCAGGGACGCGUUCUGCAACGCGUACAUGAAGAAUUUCCUGUCGAGAUUCCCGUACGGUAAAAUGAGGCAGCUUAAUAAUCCCAGGAGACGCCAAGAAGACUUUUCCCAGGCGCAACUCACGGAGAAAUGUUUGCAGCAGAACCUGGCUCUUUGUCGCAUUCAUGUGUGGUUUGUGUCUGUAGUGAAGCGCAACAAACAGUUCUCCAAGACUGCCAGAGACCACUGCGAAUCCAUCCUGCGGUAUUUAGAUGACGUCAUCGUGAAUUGGCACGACUCGUCCGCGUUGCCGCAGUUGACCGAGCUCCUGAGGGCUUUAUUUCUGAAGGCGGGUCCAGUUUUAAACGCGAACGGCGUUGAUUUGAGUAAUACUCUGAGGCUGAUUCUAAAGGCUUCUUCCCGCCUAUCUAAAAAAGAAGCGCAGUCGCGCCUGUCUUUGAUUCUCGGCGAUAUCAUGUUGGAGUAUAACUUGAACGAGUUACAUAGAAAAGACACAUUCAAAGUUUUUAUCGCAACCUUGCCGAAUUUACUUCUGGAGCCAAGUAUAGAUGAUGACACACUUAGAAUGAUCAAUCAGAUAGUGUUACGUUUCAAAGAAUGGGUGCGAAAAGAUUUUGCAGCAAAACAGGAAGCUAUUAUCGAAAACGCCAAGAAGAUCAACGUUGUCGGUUCGCGCGAUGAAAACCAGUCCAGACUCACGAUAUGUAACUUAUUUUAUUGCAUAGAUUCACAGAUUUAUUAUUAAAUAUCGAUCGUUAAAUGUAAUUUCUCAAAAACAAAAAUAGAGAAACGUUCGAUUGAAAUUUCCUUUCUCCGAG